CUGAUAGGCUCGAAGAGAGAAGCGGUGCGACAUCCUUCUCGCUAAGUGCGGUUCAUUGCUGCUGUACUCAACACUGUCAUGCUCACAACGCGCAGCUCUGAAACACAACUUGACCUGACCUGAUUUAAUCCAUAAAGUCAUUUUUGCUUUGGUCGACAAGGUCUCGACUGAUCACUUCAUCUCUCCUCGUCCUCUCGGGCGCUCAUCCUUUGGCGCGACAGCAGCCAGCCACAGACAGCGCGCUGCCCGCACCGGGCUUCAGAGCAAGUGAAUGUUGUGGCGAGAGGGCAACGUGUGAGGACUCCGUGGAUGACAGACUCGUCGCUUGGAAUUAAAAUCGCGAGGAGAAGCUCGGGCGAGACACAAGCUCCAGAAUCCUGACUUGUUUGCCUCGUUCCGGGCACAGAGGAGCAUCGCUGUGCGGUCUUUACGCACGACCGAAGGAGCGGCUAGAGGAACGUCUGCCUCUCAGCACAAUGUCCGCGGCAACAGCUUCAAUUGCAGAUGUGUCCAGAACUGAAAACACAGGUCGUCCCCAGGCUCAGUGCACACCCAUGCCACUGCCGGCUCUGGGCACCCAGAGGAUCAUCCAGGGCAAUGGCACCAACGUGGGCACAGUCAUUUCUCUGCAGUGCCCCGCCAAACACAAGUUGGUAGGCGAGCUGACAUGUGUCAUGGACACCAACAGGACCCACUGGGUUGGGGAGACCUAUUGUGAACCUCUGACUACCUACAACGAUUUCGGUUUCCGUGUGGCCGUCCUGGCAUCCAUUGUGAGCACCGCCAUCAUCAUGAUAAUGUCUGUGGCCUUCAUCACCUGCUGCUUGCUGGACUGCAUCAAAGCGGAGGAGAGGAAGAGGCAGGAGAAAGAGGUAGACAUGUGGCAGUGGGAGGAGGACACGCAGCGUUCCGGGGACAACAGGUCCCGCUAUGGUCAUAAGGGUCGAAAUGGCAACAACAACAACAACAACAACAACAGCAACAACAGCCAGCAGCAGAGGAUGCUUUCUCUGUGGGACACCCGUAACCCGGCCCUGGGUGACAGCAUGCAACCCUGCAGAUGUCAGCAGCAGUACAUCUAUAGUCCCGCCUGCACCUAUGUCCCCCCGCCUCCGCUUUCUGCCCUUCCCGGACACGGCUACGACCAACCCCUCUUACCCCAAAACCCAGAAUCUGAUCCGCCCCAGUACCCCGGACCUCCUCUGUCCCCCUAUCAGACGGCCAGCUCGGGCCUGGUCCCCGUCUUGGAGAUGGGGUCUGGUUCGGUGUGGCAGUAUGGAGGACAGCAGAGCAGGUCACCGUUGAACAAAGAUGAGUCGAGUAUGAGGAAUAUAAACUCAAACAGGAAUGUAAACCGCCAAGAAUUCCCCAUAAGGAUUAUAUCAGUGUGAGGACGCGUCGCACAGGAAGUGAGAACCAUUAGUCCAGACUGUUUACAACAUGAACUCUAUUGAUGGGAGAAAUAAAAACUACUGUCCGCAUGUGUUUGUUGAAAUGUCUGCAGUGCUGCACGGCAUGAAUUCUCGCUGAGACGCGACGUGCCUUUGGUGAACUGUAAUGGCACAGCGCCCUCUGUCUGAAAAGGGGAGCUAUUGCACUUUCAGGAUGUGGAAGGGAUUUGUGCUCAAAUGUAGUUGCGCUCACGACAACUUGUACUUUCGGGGCAGGAAAGUUUACCUUGUUGGCGAAUCUGGAAAACACAGCGUGUAAAUAUUUUAACGAAUGUAAAUAAAGACUUCAGCCAGUGA